AAUAUUUAGUUAACUUCCAAACAACAUCAUAGUAUUGGAAUCGUCACCCGAAAAGCGAACGAAGGUCUCUUGCUAUUUCUUCAACAACUUUACUCAAUCUCAUUGACGAUUUAUUUGGGGUUCUACCCCAUACCAAUUUCUCUUUGACGCCAUGGCCGAUGGUCUAGAUACUGAGAGAUUGGACUCCGUAUUCAAGUCGCGACCAGAUAUUUUAAAGGAUAUCCACAAGGCUGCCGAUUCUCCGUCGCGAAUCCAGCUAUUCAACAAGAUUGCAAGCUUUGUCUAUGAGCAGAUCGGCGACCAACAAUCCUCUUCGUCAUCCCUCAAGCGACGCCGAGUAGACAUCGAACCCUCACAAAAUGGAAACACCCAAGAUGUCGCGGCACCAACUGUAGAGGAUGUAGCUAGCGAGAAUAUAUUGCUGGAAAUAAAAGAUAUAUCCGUAUCUAUUCCACAGCGCAAGAAGUUUGAGCUAUGCUUCACCCCUAAACAUAUAUAUGCCCGAACCCCAGGCACAACGGCACCUUUACCUAAUAUAGUAUACGCGUGGAAAGAUAUUGAAUACGCUUUCUACCUUCCCGUGCCUGAGAAAACCCAGGUUCAGCACAACUACAUCUUGUUCCCUCGAAACUCCUUUUCCUUAUCCAAAUCAGGGACGCCAACUGAAGAACCGCUUGUAUUCACCGUGUCAGCAGGUGCACCAAAACCAGGUUCGAUUGGGGGACCGAAUGCAAGUGCUGCUUCUGCCGUCUCCGACUCCUAUACCACCCUCUUCAACUGGGCCUUGAAUAAGUGUCUUCAGGCAGCCGGAAACAACGUGCAGAUCGUAGCAGCCGAUCCUACGAAAUUUCACAGCAAAGUUCGUCAGCCACAUCGACCAAAGGAACCGGCCGUUCACGUGAAGGCUUUCAGGGGGUCGAAGGAAGGUUUUCUUUUCUUCCUAGAGACCGGAAUCCUGUGGGGCUUCAAGAAACCCCUGCUAUUCAUACCGCUGGAUAAGAUUGCCGCCGUGAGCUAUACGAGCGUGCUACAGCGCACAUUCAAUGUGGUGGUUGAGGUUUACACGGGUGAAGGCGGCGAUACCGAGACAACCGAGGAGAUUGAAUUCGCAAUGCUGGAUCAGGAGGACUACGGAGGCAUCAACGAAGACUACGUCAUGAAAUAUAAGCUUCAGGACCGAAGUAUGGCAGAUCAACGUAAGGCAAAGAGGGAAUUGGCAGAGAACGCGAAGGGGAAGAAAGAUGCCGACGAUGAAGGAGAGGAUGCGAAUGGUCAUGUUGGUGAAGACGGCAUGACAGAACUAGAAAGAGCCCAGAUGGAAGCCGAGCAGCAGUUGCAAGACGAAGAGGAUGAAGACGAGGAGGACUAUGAUCCUGGCUCGGAAGGUGAUAGCGAAGGCUCGGGAACUAGCGACGAUGAAGACAACGAUGAUGAUGACGACGCGGAGGACGACGAAAUGGGUGAGGAUGAUGAGUAAGAGGUCACUCCAGGACAGCGAUGGCAGUAUCACACGUAUCAACAGCGGGCAUGUAAUAGGACCUACUACAGCCAAGUAGGUAAACGUUAUUUC